AUGGGAGAAGUUGAUACAGGCCGUACAAUAAAAAAAUUCUAUAUAAAUUCAGCAGAAACAGGAGUAUUCAUUUGUUUUUAUGUAGAUCUUUCCGGAUCUUCAGUUAUAGGGACAAGACAUUGGCAAGCCUUGAUGACAUUUCUGAGUUUGGUGAUCGCCUACUCUAUGAGAGUCAACCUGUCUUUAGGGAUCGUGGCCAUGACUGACAAUACAGAAGCCAAUCGCUACAUACCGGUAUUGCCAUGGGAUAGCUCCACAAAAGGCAUCAUCUUGAGUUCCUUUUUCUGGGGAUAUUUAAUCCUGCAGAUUCCAGCCGGUCUGAUGUCCCGCAAAUUUGGCCCUAAAUACCUUCUGUUCUGGGCUACAAUCGUCUGUUCUGCUCUAACUCUUCUUGUUCCAUAUAUUGCCGAGAACUUCAGCUGGGUUGUAUUAUGUAUGACCAGAGAGUGGCCAUGGGUCUUGUUCAGGACUUAUCUUCCUAAAUCCUUGCAGGGGGCUUUCUAUCCAUGUGUCAACGCCCAUACUUCCAAGUGGGCCCCUCCAUUGGAGAAAAGCAGGAUAUUCUCGUUUGUGUUCGUAGGCAUUCAAUUCGGUACCUUUCUCACAAUGCCCAUAGCCGGGUACCUGGCCGCCAGUCCGUGGGGCUGGCCCAGUAUCUUCUACUGUACAGUUGGAGGAAUUUAUUGGUAUUCGAUGUUCUUCAAUAUGGAACACACUGAUUUUAGCGAGUGUGUUCCAUUCCUGACGAUUCCUGAAACGAGGGUUGUACCCAUGAGCCAUAGGAAAUGUUUUCGGGACGCAGCGCAUAACGGUACCCCGCCACCCCUCCCGCCUAUCACCACACACUCAGGGUCACGCGCACAGCUAAAGUCCUCGAACUGUACCGGACUGUGCGGUGUAUUGUGGUCUGUGGCCUGGCUAUUUGUAGGCGCCGACUCUCCGGACUCCCACCCCACCAUCAGCGACGGAGAGCGUCACUACAUAGUUUCUUCACUAUCACAAGUUUCUACUGAAAAUAGUCACUUUUCGACUCCAUGGAAGUCUAUUAUGACGUCAAUACCAGUUUUGGCUCUUAUCACCGUGCACUUCUGCCAGAACUGGGGCUACUGGAUGCUUCUCACACAGCUACCAAACUACCUAAGUCACGUUCUUCGUUUUGACUUAAAAAGUAAUGGGCUCAUAUCUUCACUUCCUUACUUGAUCAUGUGUCUACUGACUUUUGUAUUUUCCUGGGCUGCAGACUACAUCAACGCCAGACGUAUCCUGCCACUCAGCGCAUCUAGGAAGAUAUGGAACAGCUUAGCCCACUGCGGAGGUGCGGCUGCUCUUGUGGGAAUGUCGUUCAUCUCCAGCAGUGUCACUGGAGCUGUAGUUCUUCUCACCACAUCGGUGUCCCUAGGAGCUGGCAUCUAUAUGGGGUACCUGGCAACCACCCUUGAUCUUUCCCCAAACUUCUCAGGUGUUCUUAUGGGUAUCGUCAACUGUCUGGGCAACAUUUCAUCUUUCCUCGCUCCGAUGGUUACUGGUUUCAUAGUCAAAGACGAGGCCAGUAGAGACGAGUGGAUGAUUGCUUUUUACAUCUCCGCAGGUAUAUUCUUCGUGGGAAACUUGAUCUUUAUAGUAUUCGGAUCUUCUGAUGUUCAGCCCUGGAACAAUCCUCUUCAUGUAAAAACAUAAUGAGAGCAUCCAUAAUUAAAAUGUAGGACGUAAACUAACUACGCCUAUUAUAUUG